CCGCUCUGGAGUGAAUGCCCGAACACGUCUACGAUGGGCUGAUGUGAGGAUGGAUGCAUUCGAUGCAGCCGCUCACGAUUCCCUUGGCCCGGCGCCAACACAAAGGACUCCAGGUCCGACGAGGUUAGUAUGGAAUUGCCUUGGCAAGCAGGCGUACACCAAGAAACCUAGAAUACCGCAGAGAGUACGAGAAACAUAUAAGGUUCGAGGUCAGGUUCGUGGUGUCCUUAUGUGCUGGAGGAUACAAUCAACUUCUCUACUCAUCUCUUCCUCUUUCCCCCAAGCUCUUAGAACUCCGAAUCAGCAACCUUUUUAGUCUUUGACUUCCCACUUUGUUGCAAUAUGCGUACUGCCUUGAGCGCACUCGCGGUGCUUCUCACCCUGGCUAGCUCUGCCAGGGCGGCCCCUGUCGCAGCUCCAUCCGAAGUUGAGGAGCGUGAUGCCUCUGCCGUGCUGAACACGCGGUUCGUUACUUAUGAGGAUGGCAUCAAUAAGAGGGAUGAGGUUGAGGAACGUGAUCCCACGGCAGUGCUUAACUCACGGUUCAUAACCUAUGAGGACGCCAUCAACAAGAGAGAUGACGUCGAGGAACGUGACGCUUCCGCUGUGCUGAACACCCGGUUCAUCACCUACGAAGACGCCAUCAGCAAAAGAGAUGAAGUGGAAGAGCGUGAUCCCUCGGCUGUGCUGAACAGUCGGUUCAUUACGUACGAGGACUCCGUCAGCAAGAGAGACGAAGUCGAGGAACGCGAUCCUUCGGCUGUCCUGAACAGUUGCUUCAUCACUUACGAGGAUACUGCUUAAGCGAGAUAGUAAGCAGGCUUCGCCCUCUGGGCUGCAGACACGCAAGCUAAAUCCACUGGUUUGCGCCAUAAAGAGGGGUUGCUGUGGAACUUGGCUAGUGUGCGGGGGAAGCUGAAUCGGUCGAUAGUACUUUUAGUUCAGGGUCUAUAAACAGAUCGAUUUGAAGAAUUCCCACUACUUAAUCUG